AGGCGACUUGAUCAGAUGAGAACGAAAAAGAUGAUAUUGUUAGCAGGGCGGGAUGCUCCGGAUUAACCUGAUCUAUGAGAGAGUUAGACAGAGACAGAGAUCUCAUUUUUUCCAUCUUUUCCGUCAAUUGAUUCCCGCACAACCGCAGUUGAAAUAUGUGUAUGUCAGAGCAUUGCUAAAAGAUGGAGGACAAACUCUUGUGCGUUGAUUUUCUCGAUUGCAUCGACCGGGAAAGCCGCCGAGGUGAUGGUGAUACCGCGUUGUGCGUUUUCGGGAUGCUACGGUUUGGAACCAACAAAUCACUGCGGCUGCCAGCCAUUGUUGCAGCCCGUGAGUGUGUCUGCUCCGUUCUUACUUGUUGCGCAAACCAUGUUCGUCCUCACGGGUUCGGUUGUAUGUUUCAAACAGUAGCGCGGUCGUCGUCCGCUAAACUACGCAGACGUGAAGAAUGUACUAGGCACAAGUCAAUGAAGAUACAUAUCACUGCAGUGAGUUCACUUGAAGCUGAACUCACACAGAAGCCGCAAAAGCACUCUUGUUGCUGCAUACUCUUGGCUGCAGGCCGCAAGUGUCACGUACAUUUCCCUCGCCGUUUUCUCCGCGAACAGAAUUGCCAGCUGGACUCCUGGGGCAAGGGUUGUUGACUUUUUGGUGCGAGGAAAAGACGAGCGGCUGCAACCACAUCCACUGUUCCUGCUUGCCGUCUCCACGCUUAGCACUGCUACCAUACUGUCCCUUCACUUUUCCCGGAAUUCGCGGCUGAGGAAAAAUGCGAAAACUUCUACAGGGAAUAAAAAAUCUUCGCAGCAGCUCGAACUGCAGCUGGACGAAGGCGCAGCAAUGCUGAAUGAGGCUCGAGUCGGUGAAGAUGUGGAAAACCUUCUGAGACCACACAACUCUACGAACGUCGCUCGUGCGGAGACUACAUCAAAAGCUGAAAUAAACAAUAAUUCUUGCGCGAGGUGGACACCGCAAGUGCCCAGAGGACAUCCGGGCUCAAACAACAGCACUGACCAAAAUAAACUCGCAUCUCCACGUCCUUUGUUGAAGAUUUUCGGGGGCUGCUUUACGGGAAGCGCGGUGUUUUGUUUGUUCCUCGACACGACCGUCCCGUUCGCAUAUCCGACGCUGAGUGUCUUCGCGGCCGGCGCCGGUAUUCUAGCGUACUUGUCUGCGGUCCCGACUGCCCGGGAGGGUGUGGCGCGGGAUCUCGUCCAGGCUGUUUGA